AUGAGUGCUUANUUUUUCAAACUGUUAAGAUGUCAAGACAAGGAACUUAGGACAUUUUUACAAUCACACAUAAUUAAUGAUAUAAAAAAUAUAAAUGUAAAGCAUAAAAAUGCAAAACUAAAUACAGUAUUGCAAAAUUUUAUGUUUACUAUGCUUAAAGAUGCCAACGUGAAAGCAGCUAAAAUGUCAGUAAACAUUAUGAUUGAACUUUACAACAAAAAUGUAUGGAAUGAUGCCAAAACAGUAAAUGUGAUAGCGUCAGGAUGUUUUUCACAAACAGUCAAGGUAAUGGUUGCUUCCUUGAAAUUUUUCUUGGGUAAAGAUCCAGAGGAGAAUGUAGCAGAUUCUAGUUCAGAAGAUGAAAUAAAUCCUAAGGAAAUUAUGUUUUCUAAUAAAGUUAAUAAAAAAACAAGGAAAAGAACUAAACAUUUAAAUAAAAUAAAAAAAUUAGUUGUGAAAACUCAAAAAAGGAAGUCCUCAGCACCAGUGUUUAAUUUUUCUGCUUUACAUUUGAUUCAUGAUCCACAAGGAAUGGCAGAGAAACUUUUUAAACAGUUAGAAACCACUACAAAAAGAUUUGAAGUAAGGCUGAUGACACUGGAUGUUAUUUCUCGUUUAGUUGGUGUGCAUAAUUUGUUUCUUUUUAAUUUCUAUCCUUACAUUCAACGUUUUAUCCAACCUCAUCAAAAAGAAGUUAUUAAGAUAUUACAGUUUGCAGCCCAAGCAAGUCAUGAACUGGUCCCUCCAGACAUUCUUGAACCCAUUAUAAGAACAAUAGCUAACAAUUUUAUAACUGAAAGAAAUUCGGCCGAUGUAAUGGCAAUUGGUAAUAUUAUUAUAAUGGG